AUGAGAUUUAAAUUAAUUUAGAUAAUAACUUCAUUUUUUUUUGUGAGUAUUUGUCUAGCAAACAAUAUAUCCAAUGAACAGAGUGAUCGUUCAAGAUUUUUGCAAUAGAUUGAAAGCAAAUAAAAUUAAGGAUUAACAGAUUGUCCUUCGGAUUAGUGUAUUUAGUUUGAUACAAAUUAAUCAAGAUGUCUAAAAUGCGCAUAAAGUUAAGGUUCUCAUCAAGCACAAAAUGACUGCAAACAUCUACUCGGUGCUAAAUUGAAUGAAAAAACAAUCUCUCUUAUCAUAGCUAUACUUAAUUUAUUGUUUUUAGCCAUUUUGCAAUAUUGCUGGAUACAUUUUUCCUAAAAAAACUAAAACAACUUUAUUAAUUCUAAUUAAGUAAUAAACAAAAAGGUAUUUAAUCCUUAAAGUAUAGUUAACACUGAAAUAUGCCCAAUCUAAUUACUCACAGGCAUUCCUAUUUAAACAGUUCCAGAUAAUUUCAGUUAAUCUAAUAACAAUAAAAAUAUUCAAGAUAUUAAUUAAGAUGAAUAAAAAGUAGAAUGCUAGUAGAUAAAACCAUAGUAAACGAGGUUUAGCUUAUAAGUAGAAUCAAUAAAUUUAUCACCUGAUUUAUUAUUAUAAUAAAGAAUUUAACAUAAUCAAUAAUAAUAACAACAAUAACAAUAACAAACACAGUAACAACAAAUUUGUAAUAAUUAGCUAAUUCUCUAAGGUGUUUAUUAAAAUGCAUUAUAAAAUCUCUAAGGAUAUUAAAAUAAUCUACUUAUAUUAAAUAAUGGAUAGGAUAAAAUUUCAAAAUUAAAAUAUUCUGGUUAUUAAUUAAUUCAAGCAGGUAAUUAUUCGUUUUAAAACUUUAGCAAUAAGCUUAGAAUAAGACAUGUUAUAAUAAAUAUUUUGAUUCUGUAGUUAAUUUAUUCUAAAUUUUUAGUUCUAAUUAAAUAGUACAACAAAGACAACUUAUCAACAAUAAUAGACGAUUAUUUGGUUAUUGAAUUUUUAAUAGGAAUGAUUUUGUAUUGGUUAUUUACUUUUUUGCUUCCUUCCUUAGUUAAAAUAAUAACAGCGCUUUUUUGUGCUAAAAACAUUACAAGUUGUAGAUGUGGUCAUUUCUUGAUUGCUCUUUUAUUUGAAAUAAUUGCUAUCACUUUGAGUAUUUUUAUAACAUUAGAUUUAUUAAAAAUGAGUACUGCAAUGUCAUAAAUUUGGAUUCUUCUUUGGUCUUAAGGAUUACUUCUUAUAAUCCUUUUUGAUAUAAAAUCAGUCAAAUCUUUAAAAAGUAAAUCUAAUUCUUUUAUGGCUAAAUGUGUUAUGUUUAGGAAGAUGAAUUUCUAUGCAGAAAAAGUUUGA